AUGAGGGUCUUGCUUUCCAUCCUUGGGACCCUGACCUUGUUGUCUUUAGUUCUUCAAGCCCAAAGCUCCAUUUACACUCAAGGAUGCCCUCCUGGAAACUACAAGUGCAGGCUACAGUGCAAUCCCAAUGAGUAUGCAAUCAGAUACUGUGGCGACUGGAGCAUCUGCUGCAAAGUGAAGCGAAGUGAAACUAUGAAAAAAAACUUUUUGGAACUUAAUGAAUCAUUUUCUGUGGCCUACAGUGGAUAUUUGUUUAAAUGUUCAUGUGAUGCAAUCACUAAGAAGUGGAAACCAUCUAAAUGUCCACUGGCAGAUGAGUGGAUAAAGAAGUUGUGGGUGGGGGGCAUUGGUGUAUGUGACCAGGAGGGUGGAUUUACACAAAACUUUGGUGGUGAAUGUGGUAUAGAAUUAUAG